AUGGAAGACAUCAGCAUCUACCUCAUGGCCAGCGCUGACUGGAUCUUUGCCCUUGGCCACUACUUGCUUUCUGAGGUGACCUUCAGUCAGACUUCCCUGCAGUGUGCCAUUCUUCGGGGUACUGCUACAGCCUGCGACCGGUUCAAGUUGAAACCAUUUUACAGAAUGAAAGCCCUAUCAAAGGCUGAUCGUGAAAGAGCAGAAAAUCAGACGAUUCCAAAACUAAUCGAUUUAUUGGAACUUGCACAGAAGGAAAAAAAAUUUGUGAUGUUUGAUCUUAAUACCCCUCCACGAAAACAUCCUCUCAGAGGCACAUAUAUUCGCCGUGUAGUACGCUUAAUCCUUGACUCUAAAAUUGAGCAACAUCUGAUUUUUUGGUUGCCAGCUUUCGACAGGGAAUAUGUCAAACAAGCAGCUCCUGGUUUUCAGCAAGUGGGCAGGUUAUAUUCCAUUGAACGUCUUACAAAAGAAAAUAUCAGUAGAAUAAACGUUGACUACAAGAGGUUGUUCUACAGUGGGUUGAGAGAUUAUAAAGCAGCUAACAUCAAAAUCAACUUGUACCUUGUCAAUGAACCUUGGCUCUACUCACUGGCCUGGUGCUCCAAGAUUCACUCAGUGACCACAGACAACAUUCACAUCCUGAGUCAGCUAGAUCAGCCUUACUUCCUCAUGACACCAGGUUACUAUAUGUUUAUGUGGCUUCUCAUGGAUAGUGUUUCUGCAGUUCUCAUUGUUACCGUAUUUUAUUUUCAUUGGUGGAGAGAGCACAAAAAAAGAAAUGGUCGAUAAUGCCAGCAUUCACACAGAUACUCAGGAACCAGCCCCUGACAUAGAAAAUGAGUCAUGGGAUACCCCUGGACCAUGGCCACCUUCCAGCCACCCUCAAUUACUAAAACUUUCAGAUAUCCAAACUCCCUCUGUGUCACAGAAGCCCCCAAGCAUGAGGCCCUCAGACCAGCACUACCCCUCCAAGGAGGAUAUGAAACCACCAGUGACCCCACAAGGGGAAGGUCAAGCCACCAAUGUCCCCCAAGGAGAUCUAACUACCAGUGUCCCCCAAGGGGGAGAUCAAACCACUGGGGUCCCACAGGGGGAAGAUCAAACCACCAGUAUCCCCCAGGGGGAAAGUCAAACCACCAGCGUUCCCUAAGAAGAACAUCUAACCACCAAUGUUCUCCCCCAGGGGCGUCAUCCGAAGGACCCCCUCCACUGAAUCACAUUGACGCCCUGCCACAGAAACCCUGGGAUUCACAGUGCCCACCAACGAGGCCUCCAUCCUGAAAAUCCCAGGAGACCC